AUGGAUCUCUACUUUCGGCGUCCGGAAGAGUACCUUCUAAACUACAACUGCUCUUUCUACGACACUUCAACUUGGCCAGUAGAAGGCCGUCGAUCUCUGAGUUUCGCCCUGGGCUACUUGGUCGCCGGUAUAGUCGAGGAGAUCUUGUACAUACCAGUAAUCUACGUGCUGAUGGACAAAAAACUUCGGCAUUUAUUCUGCUACCGCAUGAUGUUAAUAUUGGCAAUCUACGACGUCCUUUUGCUGCCGGUUACAGCGUUUGCCACAGCGUACUUUUCGUAUACCGGAGCGGUAUUUUGCGAACAUCCUACUGUAAUUUAUUUUAUGGGAAUAUGGCUCUACUGUAAGCCUAUUUGAACUUGUUUCCACGAAAACUCAAUUGAAAUAAUCGCUUACUGAAACGAUAUUUUUAGCCAUGUGGAUGGGCUACUCGGUCUAUGCAACCAUUUUGGCGCUCAAUCGCUGUGUUUGCUUCACAAGAGCCAACUUUCUCUUUAAAGGCUACUGGCAGUAUUUUUGGUAUACUGUGCCUCUUCUGUACACGAUAUAUGAGGCCGUUUAUGGGCGACCUGUUAUCUUCAAUGCGCAGUUUUGCGGAUGGUUCUUCAAUCCUCAUAUGGGGUAUUAUGAUGAUCUGGAAGGGAACGUAGGUUUAGCCCAAAAUUUGUUAAGACUCAGAGCUAUAUUUUAUGUAAUCUGGGGCAAUUUUUGCAUUGAUUUUCAGUCUUGGAAUACCAAAGUUUAUUAAACGCUAUAUGCAUAAUAUAAAAUACGUUUGUAGAGGCUUCUUAUUUUGUAAACCCUUAAUUUUUUAGUAUGUAAACUACGUCCACAUGAUCGACAAUUCUUUGGUCGCGCUUUUGAUUCCGACGUUCUACGUGCUAUUCUACGUGUGCCUUAAAAAUCUUAUGACGCAAAGAAAUGGAGCUUCGAAACGGGAGAAAAAUGUAAGAGUUCGUUGUGAAACCAGCAACAUUUUCUAUCAUUUGACUACUUCAUGGUUCAAUUUCAUCUUGCUUUUCCUCAUCAUCUUGGUUGCACUUAUCAUUUAUAGCGUACUUUGUUAACUCAAGGAACACUCAUUUGCGCAUCAAUAAUAAACUUGUAUAUUGUUUAUUACAGCUAUUCAUUACCGUGUUUGGUGUGAGCAUGAUGUUGAGUAUUGGAGCGCUGGGAUAUGUCAUGAUGCAACUGUUCAAAAUGCCGACUUGGGUAAUUCUGAUCAGCCAUGUCAUCUGGUUGAUCGUGCAAGGUAAGGGAAAUUGUACUUGUGCUUCACUAUGAAAAGCCACGAGGUUGACUGUUUAGGAGCUGAUAUGUAGCCUAUGCCCGAACUGCGCGUAAAACAAAACAUUGCCUUUUGGAUUUUACAGGAGUAAACUAAUCUAUUUCCAGGGGCUCCACCUGUCAUUUAUCUGACUCUCAACCAGACUUUCAAAUCCCGAAUAUUCCACAGACGCAUCACAUCCAGCACUCACUCUUCCGCUGGAAACGAUCCCACCAAGAACAACAAGAGUCAAAUCAAUCCUUUAUAG